AUGCCACGGAGGAGUGCAUCUGUGGUGCCCUGCCUCAUCCUCCUUCUCCAGGCACCGCUCAUCGCAAGUCGACAGCACACAUCUCUGUGGCGCUUUGGGGUGUCGACAGCAUCGCUGAACACUGUUCUCCUCGGCCGCAGCAGCAGCGUCUCUGCGGUGGCGUGCAGCUGCCCGUCCUUCCAGCGUGCGCACAUUCGUACGGUCAUUCCUCCUCGUCCGGCAGUAACAACCCUUGUGUACCUCAAUCACUCUGGUCGAGCAGUGCGCACCGGCGUCGAGACAGACCUCUCGCUCAUCCGCACCCGUGACAACAAGUUCUACCUGCAGCGAGUGCUGCCCAACGGGGAAGUGGUGCGGUGGUUAGCGCCUGGUCUCAACUACCUCAAGAACGUCACCAACUUUGAAACGUACGCGCUCAACGAGAUCGAUGAGAACGGCGGCAUUAUUAUACCGGCCGAUGUGAUGCCGACGGUGGCCCACGACCCGCCGGGAUUACUCGACGCUGUCUUCUAUAUUACAAAACUUGAGGCGACUAGCAAGUUCACACGAAAAGAUCGCCGUCGCUGGCACCGCCGCCUCUUCGCUCAUUGGAAAGAAAGCCCCGAGAAGUACCUCAACCACACGUUGGGCACCUACGGCAUUGCAUUCCUUGUGCUGCUUUGGGUCUGCGUGCGUGGUUUCCACAGCAUCAAGAACCAGAAGCCGUUCUGGGAUGUCAACGUCUACGGCCGCACUGACGAGGAGCGAGAGCGUACGGACCCGUGGCUGCGGCUGAAGCGCUUCUCGGAGCGCCACCCCGAGCAUGAAGGAGUGGACAUGUCCGUCACGAUGUUAUCGCCUGGCCAAUCUCGACUGUCGAGUGCGCGGUCCGAGCUGCGCGAGUCGGACUUCACCGACCCGCACUACCACAGCGAGUUCUGGUGGAAGGUACGGCACUGCUACUACUAUGGUCACUGGCCAAAGGGCAUGGCAGAGUAG